AUAUCUUCCACACCACACAUACACAACGAAAACCCAAUGUCUUAACCGUCAUCGGGAGUCUCACCACAAUCGCCAACACCUGCCGCCGUUGCCAUCAUGUCUGUGCUGCGACUGUCACUGUAUCGGAUCCGUCGCAAUCGGAUGGCAAUCAUACGCGCCGUCAUUGCCUUCUUCUCGAUGGCGGCCGUCUUCCUACUGCUCUCGCGGACCAUCAAAACCACGACCAGAAGCACGUCCAGCGACGGCGAGUCGCCAUCACUGAUAUCAUCGCUACUGUCGCCGGACUCACAACACGACACACCCGUCGAAACGCAUCCCAAGACACGCACAAUGAGUGCCAAUGAGGCGGUCGUCCAGUUGUCGGCCAAAGACUGGCGUCUCUUUCACGCGUUGAACCCCGUGAUGAAGGGUUGGGGUGAUCGGGGACUGGCCGUCAAACUGGAGGCCCAGGAGGACAGGGAUCGCGCCAAAGAGCUGUUCAAAACGGGCGCCUUUGAUGUGUUCAUAUCGGACCGCAUUUCCCCGAACCGGACCCUCCCGGACGCCCGUCCCUACGAGUGCUCCAAAGUCCAGUACCCGACCCGCGAGUUGGGCUCCGCCUCUAUAGUGAUAAUCUACACGAACGAGAUCUGGUCGGCGCUCGUGAGGACCAUAUGGUCCGUCUGGAACCGGACGCCCGACCCGUUGCUCAACGAAAUCAUAUUAGUGGACGACUUCAGCGAUAAGCCGGAGCUGAAGGCGCCGUUAGACAAGUAUUUGCGCUAUUAUUUCGGUGAUCGAGUGCGAGUUAUACGACUGGCCAAACGGGAGGGCCUGAUCCGGGCGCGACUCAUAGGCGCCCGCCGGGCCAGGGGUGAGGUGAUUGUGUUCCUGGACAGCCAUUGCGAGGUGACUGUGGGCUGGUUGGAGCCCAUGAUGGCCCGCAUUCACGAAGACAGGCGUAACGUCGUCUGUCCCGUCAUUGACGUCAUAUCCGACAAGACGCUGGAGUACUUCGCGGGCAAUCCCUACUACUUCCAGGUCGGGGGGUUCACGUGGAGCGGACACUUCACGUGGAUCGACAUCCCGGAGGACGCGGCCAAGAAGGCGCCGACACGCGCUGUGGUGUCGCCCACAAUGGCCGGCGGUUUGUUUGCCAUAAACCGGGAGUACUUCUUCGAGAUUGGCUCCUAUGACGAGUCGAUGGAGAUCUGGGGCGGAGAGAACCUGGAGCUGUCGUUCCGCGUGUGGCAGUGCGGCGGGCGCCUGGAGAUACACCCGUGCAGUCACGUCGGCCACAUAUUCCGCGACUAUCACCCGUACAGCUUCAAUGGGAAGGACACCCACGGCGUCAAUACGCUGCGGACGGUAAUGGUGUGGAUGGACGAGGAGUACCAGAAGUACUUCUUCAUGCAUCGCAAGGAUCUGCAACGCGUGGCGCCGGGAGAUCUCAGCGAGAGGUUGGCGCUUAAAGAUCGGUUGCAUUGCAAGAGCUUUCGCUGGUAUUUGGAGCACAUCUACACCGAAGACAAGUUUAUUUACGAUAAGAACGCCAAAGCCUACGGUUUCGUGCGGAACGGUAUCUCCAACUUGUGUUUAGAUAACCUGAACCGCGAAGAGGAUAAGGAGCACAACUUGGGGCUAUACAUAUGCGCGCCGGACCGGCCCCGGGAUGUGUGGACCAAUCAGGUGUUUACGCUGACA